CAGUGCGUGUCCGCGCGCGCCAAACCCGGCCGUGGCGCAGUGUGUGUUUGUGUAUGUUGGAGGAGGAGCUGCAGAGUUUAAAACAUGGUUUCUGAAGAGACAGUGAUCCGCCGGUUCGUCUCCAAACAGCUGCAGCGCUGUCCGGACCUCAGCACGUUAACACUAGGAAUACUACGGAAGCGCUAUCUGGAGCAUGUGGGCAGAGAGUGCCUGAGUGUGGAGCACAAAACCCUGCUGAAAAAAGUGGUAGAGGAGGAGCUGUUGAGGAUGCAGGUCGAGGACAGUGACGAUGAACCUUUAAUAAGAAAGUCAGACCCUUCACAGAACAAACGAAAGAGAGAGGAUGAUGACGAGGAAGCAGAGGCAGAAGAAAACUGUGAUGUCAGGGCCCAGAAAAAGAAGUCUCGUUUUGAGUCAGUACUUCCAGAAUCCCCGGAUUCUGGAAUAGAGAAGGCUGCUAAUGAGGACCAGUUAAAAGAAGAUGAAGAUGAUGACGAAGAGGAAGAACAAAAACAAGAAGAAGAAAAAGAUGAUGAAAGUGACGAGGACAUGAAUGUAGAGAGUGGGGAAGAAGAGCAAAAGGAAAAUGUGAAGAGUAAGAAGAAAAUAGAGAAAAAACAGCCAGAAGUGAAGGUAAAGAAGAAGGGAAAAGCAAGUCCAAGAAAACAAAAGAAGGAUAAGGGAACUAAAGCAAGAAAGAAAAAGAAGGUACCAGAGAGUGAGGAAGACGAGCAAGACCCAUCCUCAUCUUCUGAGUUAUCAGAGGAAGAAAAACCACAGCAAGCAAAGUCUAAAGGUCAAAGAGAAAAGAAGACGGUGAGCUCAGACAGCGAGGAAACAAAGAUGAAACGGAUAAAAAAGAAAGGACAGAAAAAGGAUGAGACAGAGCAAGAUAAAAGCAAAGUAACCCCUCCAAAAAGUGAAAGAAAAGAGCCGAAUAAUGAAGAGCUCAAGUCACCGGAGAGUGAGGCUGUGAGAAGAGUGCAGAAGGAAGUGUUUGGAAGUAGCUCUGAGAGUGAGGAAGAUGAUGAUGAGGAGGAGAAGAACACGAAGAAGAAACAGCCUGAAAAGAAUGAAAAUGGUGACAGUGAGAUUAAAAGUGAUGAUGAGAGUGAUGAAGAAAUGGACAAAAAGAAAAUCACUGCUAAUCUUCCUAAAGAAAAAGAGCAAGCAAAGGAUGAACAGAAGGAUGGAGCAGAGGACUCUGAUUCCUCUUCAUCUUUGCCCUCACUAGACAGUGAUGAAGAGGGGAGAAAGAAAACUAAACAAGAAGAAAAGAAAAAGAGUACACCAAAGAAAAAGCAGAAGGAAGAGAGUGAGAGCAAGGCCAAAGGUGAAAAGGAUGAAGAGAAUAAAGCCGUGUCCAGACUGAAGCGCUACAUUAGCCUGUGUGGGGUACGGCGGAACUACAAGAAGUUGUUCGAGGGCUGCCGCUCAGUGAAGGCCAAAGUCGCUGUGUUGAAGAAGGAACUAGAAGAGUUGGGAGUGCAAGGUCAGCCUUCGAUAGAGAAGUGUAAGAAAGCAAGACUAAAGAGAGAGGAAGCUCGGGAGCUUGCAGAGCUGGAUGUUGGCAACAUAAUCACCACUCAAGGUCGCCCCAAACGUAGAGCUUCAUCAGUGUGGACUUCACGAGAAAGUUCUCCUCCACCUUCAGCCUACAAACGGGCAGUCAACUCUGACUCUGACAGUGAAGACGGGCAGGCAGACAGGGGCCGCAAAAGAACAGACUGGAGCAACCUGCGGGGAAUCAUCAGCGAUGAUGCGGACAGUGAUUAGGGCCUUUUUUUUUUCAUACUCUUAAAAAUAAAGGUGUUAAAUGUGUGUAAGUGUAAAAAAACAUCUUUACUUGAUGUUACACUUACACAUUGAUUACAUAUGCCAUUUCCAUCCAAAACACUUGGAAGCACCUUUAUUUUUUAAGAGUGUUAAGUGUACAGAAUGUUCAUAAUGUUUUGUUCUGUUGAGAUUUUCAGACUAAAGUUCUGUUUUCUCUGUGAAUUAGUCUGGUUGUUUUAAAUGUUCUCAUUGUGCUUGUUUUUGUAGCAAUUUUACUUAUGUUAUAUGCAAAUUUAUAAUAAUAGCUAAUAAUAAAGAAUUGUUAUUUGUA